GGCGAAAGGUCUUCUUCCUGUCAACUCCACACGUGUGUAGGUCAACAACACACUGUAAUCCUCGCUUUUUCAGAUUAUAAUGGAAUUAAGUCAGCAAGUACCGCGCAAAAGUUUUAUAUGUUCAUUCCCUGACUGUCAUGCAUCGUACAACAAAGCAUGGAAACUAGAUGCUCAUAUUUGCAAGCACACGGGGCUGAAACCAUUUGUGUGUGAACAUGACGGCUGUGACAAGUCAUUCUGCGACAAGUACCACCUAGCUCGGCACCAGCUGAGCCACAGUGGAGAGAGACCCUUUAGAUGUACAGUAGAUGGAUGCACAGAGGCCUUCACCGCAAAUUACAAUUUGAAGAAGCAUGUUAAUCGCAAACACAACCAUGAUGAGGAGAAACUGUAUGAAUAUGUGUGUAGCUUUGAGGGAUGUGGGAAAGCGUUCAGGAAGAACAAUCAGCUCAAGUCACAUGAGUGCCAGCAGCACACCAAACUACCUCCCUUUCAGCUUUAUAGAUGUACCUUUGAGGGCUGUGAGAAACGAUUCACUUUCCCCAAUAAACUACGUCUUCACGAGAAGGUGCACAGAGGCUAUCCCUGUGAAGAAGAUGGCUGUUCUUUCAUUGGAAAGACAUGGACUGAGUAUACUAAGCAUAGGAGAGACCUACACAGAGCACUUUUUCAGUGUAAUGAGUGUAGCAAGGUGUUUCGCGACACCUGGUUCCUGAAGCAGCACCAGCGUGUACACGCAGAGGAGCGCCAGGUGUUUAUCUGUCCCAGGGAGGGGUGCCAGAGGUCCUUCACCACGCCAUUCAACCUGCAAAGCCACAUCGGCUCUUUCCAUGAGGAGCUACGGCCUUACACCUGCCCCCAUGAAGGCUGUGGAAAGACAUUUGCCAUGAAGCAAAGCUUACAACGCCACAGUGUUGCCCACGAUCCAGAACGGAAGAAACAGAAGAAACCCCAUUCCAAGCGAUCCCUGGUUUCCAGACUGAGUGGUUACAAGCCCAAGAAUAACCAUUGUGCAAAGCCCCAUGUAGCUUUGCAAUCAGAAUCCAUUGUAAAGGGUCAGUCAGAGCAAACGAACACUGUUGGAUCAGAGCCUAUUGCCCUUCUUCAAGAGACAGUCUUUUGCAACUCGGGUUAAGAAAUCAAACAA